AUGGCGAAUGACUUUGGCCCGCAGGUGAAGAAAGUGGCUCUUGCCAUGGGCACGUCUCUAACAGACCAAGACGUUGAACGCAUGCCACGGGAGAUGAGAACUCAAGGCAACUUCAACUACUGCAAGUUUCUGGAGUACAUGAGGCAGUUUAAGACUUCUGAACAGCAGGAGGAGGCUACUAGGAGGGCCUUUGAAAUGCUGGACCAAGAUGGAAGUGGCUACAUAGAGUGGAACGAGAUCAAGUACAUUCUGUCAACUGUGCCGAACUCAACCCCCUCAGCGCCUCUUUCUGAUGAGGAGGCGGAGGCCGUGAUCCAGGCAGUGGACACAGAUGGAGACGGACGCAUUGACUUCAGAGAUGAGAACCCCCUUCAGGUUUUCCGUGCACGGAGUGCUUUUAUCUUUGCCUCAAAGCUCUCGAGCAUUGUUAGAAAAAAAAUCUAA